AUGGUGAGGUGGGGGGACGUCAGACGCUCGCAGGUGGGUGCCCCGCGCCUGGACGGACCUGUUCUCAUCCCAGCCACUCCAACCAUCGCCUCACAAGCCCAUCGGGACGUGGACGGUGACCUUUGCUGGCAGAGCCGCGGCUGCACCCCCCGGAGUCCCUGCCGAGGAGGGGGUCUAGCUAGGGUGGGGGCUGGACAGCCACCCCCCGCGUGCACUGCUCGUGGCUUGGUGGAAGGACGGCAGCAGGCGGGCGCGUGA